UAAGCUCUUGAGCGGUCAAAGAAGAAACGAAAAACCAGAGAAUCUGCAACGAAAAUGGGUUUUUCAAAUUUCUACUCCAUGAAAAGAUGCAGAUUAAAGCUCACCAAGUUCACCAUUUUGUUUGUGUUCUUGCUUUUCUGUUGCACUUUCACUUCAACAGAUGCUUAUGACGCACUCGAUCCAACUGGAAAUAUCACAAUCAAAUGGGAUGUUAUGCAGUGGACUCCAGAUGGCUAUGUUGCUGUUGUUACAAUGUUCAAUUUCCAGCAAUACCGUCAUAUUCAAGCACCAGGAUGGAUGCUUGGAUGGACAUGGGCAAAGAAGGAGGUGAUCUGGUCCAUGGUUGGAGCUCAAGCUACGGAUCAGGGUGAUUGCUCGAAAUACAAAGGAAACAUCCCGCAUUGCUGCAAAAAGGAUCCUACGGUUGUAGAUUUACUGCCGGGAACUCCGUAUAACAUGCAGAUUGCAAACUGCUGCAGAGGAGGAGUAAUAAAUUCCUGGGUUCAGGAUCCGGCCAAUGCGGCGAGCGCAUUCCAGAUCAGCGUGGGUGCUGCGGGGACCACCAACAAAACUGUCAAAUUGCCGAAGAACUUCACUCUCAGAGCACCGGGGCCGGGGUAUACAUGUGGAAUAGCAAGCAUUGUGAAACCCACUCAGUUUCUCACACAAGAUGGAAGAAGAAAAACUCAAGCUUUGAUGACGUGGAAUGUUACAUGCACGUAUUCUCAGUUUUUGUCUCAGAAGACACCCACUUGUUGUGUUUCGCUUUCGUCCUUUUAUAAUGAAACAAUUGUCCCUUGCCCGACUUGCACCUGUGGCUGCGAAAACAAUAUAACUCGACCAGGAUCCUGUGCAGAGGGAAACUCACCGUAUUUAGCUUCAGCAAUUUCUAGUGGUGGAAAAAAUAACUAUGCGCCUUUGGUCCAGUGUACCAGCCACAUGUGCCCUAUCCGGGUGCACUGGCAUGUUAAGCUCAAUUACCAAGGAUAUUGGCGGGUGAAGAUCACAAUCACAAAUUUCAAUUAUAGGAUGAAUUACACGCAGUGGAACCUGGUUGUCCAGCACCCUAAUCUCGACAACCUCACGCAGAUCUUCAGCUUCAAUUACAAGUCACUAAAUCCUUAUCAACAAAUAAAUGAUACUGCGAUGUUGUGGGGGGUCCAAUUCUACAAUGAUCUACUCAUGCAAGCGGGCCCUCUUGGAAAUGUACAGUCAGAGCUUCUCUUCCAAAAGGACCCUGCGACAUUCACUUUCGAAAAGGGAUGGGCCUUCCCUCGACGCAUAUAUUUCAAUGGUGAUAACUGUGUCAUGCCACCUCCCGAUUCUUAUCCAUGGCUGCCGAAUGCCAGCCCUCCACGAACGAUGAUCUCCCUUCUUCCAAUUACGGUUUUCAUGGCAUAUUUGGCAUUCUUGUUAUAAAAAUACUGGUCCAGUUUGGAACAUGUUGGAUAUUCUGAAAUUCCAGAGGAUUGGAUGUGUUGGCAGCAUCAGGUGCAUUGUACGCAUUCCAACAAGGAUUUAUUUUAUUUUUAUGUUGUAUUAGCGGGUCAAAUUCACCGCUUUUUCUUCUUCUUUUUUUUU